GUUGUUGGGGGUUGGGAGCCUGAGGGUUAAAGUUGCGUGUCGUGUUGGCCCGAGGGCCAAGAAGGGAAAGAGUGUAUUGUCUCUAGUUACCAAACUGCCCCAGUCCCUGGGUCAGGAGAGGUGGUUGGAAAGAGAAUGUAGGCCUGACUGGACCGCCCAGGGGUGGCCAAAAUAGGCCCUCCUUGCCUCCAUUUGAGCUAGUGGUCUUUGGGGGCUGUGUGUGUGUGUGUGUUGACUGAACAAACUUUUUGCAUGUCGACGCUGCCAACCACCUAACUGCCGUUAGAGUCCAUAGAAGCUGGGGUGGGGGCACCUCAGGGUCCCCGGCCCUCUGGUCUGGGGGAGGAUGUCUCAUUUUUGUUGAUUUUGUUUGCAUGGCACUCAGAAACGUAAUGACCUUUAUAAGCCCCACUCUAGGUUCAUGGUGUGAGUUGCGUUGGUAUUUCUGUGCGGAGAAAACGUCGUAACCUCAGUUCUGCUUCCUAGAAUGACAUCAAGAAUAUUUUCUAAAGGGCCCGCGAUAUCCGGCUUCAAGCCCAAGAUUUGGAAACAAAGCAGAGGAAGUCCCUGCCCUUAUGUUUCCCCAUUUUUAUUUCUUUAAGUGAUAUUUGGAAAUUUGUUUACCUCAGUAUGAUUUGCGGUGUUACUUAGUUGUUUCCUCACUGGAUAAUGAAUUUAGGAGCAGAGAUUACCUUAUUUAGGUUUGUAUUUUGCCUUUUCAUGUAAUAGGUGUUUGUUGCAUUAAAUUGGGAUUGAAAUAUAUUAGGAGGAGGCUAAACAUGGAAAAAAAUUGCAACAAAUUUUGUUGUAGAAGAAAAAACAAAGAAAAACCUUGUUUCACUUGUUGAAAUUAUAUAGAUUGAGUAGAAAUUUAUUAUUGCAAUUAAUCUGGAUAUUGAGGCCUUAGUCUUUGGUAUUCUGUAAUACAGGGAUCUCCAGUUAAUGGCCAAAGCAAGUGAUCUGCACAGUGUUUUAAAGUGAGUUGGAGCGUGUUCUCACGUGGUUAGUUCACUUGUGUAGGUUUCCUCCCUGGCCUUGCGAGCAUAUCAGUUUGCCAGUGUUGUAGCCAUUUCCCUCUUUUAUAAAUCUGGUUCAGAAUCUUCAUUGUGGGUUUUUGGUUGUGAAACAUGUUAUGUGGACUGUGUGGAAAAAAAAAAAUGUAUGUUUAGGCAGCAAGGUUAUAGCCACCUCAGUCGUAACCAAUUUUGAACAGAGUUGGAAAAAUGGAUCAUGUUGUAAAUUCUUAUUCAGGAAGCAGGGUUCUGUAAAGUGUUUACCUUAUUUUGAAGCCAUAGUGUUAAAUCAAAAUUUCAGUAAUUAGUAGGCUGAGAAUUUGAUUUUUUUGUUGAUAUAAUGUGAAUUGCAUAUUUCUUGGAAGGUUUAGUCAGACAACUUCAUUUGUAAAUUUGGAGUGCUAAAGACAAAGUUACAGAUUUUAAUAUUGAAGGAAAUGAAGAGAAACCUAAAUGAAAAUUCAACUCGAAGUACAGCAGGCUGUUUGCCUGUACCAUUGUUCAAUCAGAAAAAGAGGAAUAGACAGCCAUUAACCUCUAAUCCACUUACAAAUGAUCCAAGUAUCAGUACUGCUUCUGACAGUUAUGACUUCCCUCCUUUACCAACAGAUUGGGCCUGGGAAGCUGUGAAUCCAGAGUUGCCUCCUUUAGUGAAAACACUGAACACAGGGCAAAUGCCACAUUCAGUUUCUCCUCCCCUGAGAAGUCAAGAUUCUAUGUCUAAGUCUAUUCAGUCUAUUCAAUCAAAUACUGAAAGAAGCAAGAGUGGUUGGAGCUACAGAGAUGACAACAAAAAUACUAGCUGGAAAACUUGGGAUAGAAAUGAUUUUAGGCCUCAAUGUGAAAGGACAAACUUAGUGGCAAAUGAUAGAAUAAAUUCUUGUCCAGGGAGUUGGGGAGCUCAACAACAGAAACAGUUGAAAAUAUCCGAACCUCCUAACUCAUCUCAUCAAAGAGAAACUGAAGUACUCAGAGAAACACAUUCAUCAAAAAUACCUGGCUCCACAAUGAGAGGUCUAGACAAAAACAGUGCAUUACAGGCAUUUAAGUCUAAUUUUCAACAAAACCAAUUUAAGAAGAAAAUGUUGGAUUAUAUUCCAGAAGAAAGCACUCUCAAGGAAGACUCAUUGUAUCAGUUAAAGCUUAAGGAAAAAGAUAAUUCUUUAAGAAUUAUAUCUGCAGUGAUUGAAAGCAUGAAGUACUGGUGUGAACAUGCACAGAAAACUGUACUUCUUUUUGAAAUAUUGGCUGUUCUUGAUUCAGCUGUUACACCUGGUCCGUAUUAUUCAAAGACUUUCCUUAUGAGAGACGGGAAAAAUACUCUGCCUUGUGUAUUUUACGAAAUCGAUCGUGAACUUCCAAGACUGAUUAGAGGCCGAGUUCAUAGGUGUGUUGGAAAUUAUGACCAGAAAAAGAAUAUUUUCAAAUGUGUUUCUGUCAGACCAGCAUCUGUUUCUGAACAAAAAACUUUCCAAGCAUUUGUUAAAAUUGCAGAUGCUGAGAUGAGGUAUUAUACUAAUAUAAUGAGUGAAAUUUAAAUAGUGAUGAAGGAAGUUUAAAUAGUAUAAUUUAAAGCAUUUUUGUUAUUAAGUUAUCAUCUCCAUGGUUUUAUAGCUACUGUUUUUCUGUAUUUCAUUUGUUGAAUUAAAAUAUUUCAG